GGUCAUAUGAUUCUUCAAAAUGGUGGCCGUGCAGGAACUUUCGGUUUUUGUUUUGGUUGCAUUUUCUCUUGUUUUAGGGGUGCAGUGUUCCAUUUCUGGCGUUGAGGUUGCGUAUGUUGUGGCAGACAACACUGGGAAAUUCAGCAUUGUGAAAAGUAGCCCGAGUCAGUGGGUAGCCAAAGCGGAGUUUUCAAACAAAGUUAACGAAACUGGGUGGUCUUAUCUGAGUGUGACAACAAAUGGAGAGUAUACAGAUGAGCAACAGUCGUAUGCAGCUGGCGUUGUUGAGGGUUACCUCACUAAGGAUCAUAUAACAAUGCACUGGAAAAACACUGUAGAAGGUCAGUUUUGUGAAAGACCUUUGAACCCAGAAUGUCAUGAACUCAGGAACUUUCUGCAAAACAACCUUGACUGGUUGAAAGAACAAAUACAAGAUCAGAAUACAACAUACUGGAAUUUGGUGAAUCUAUUUCUGGUUCAAGUAGCUGGUUUAACAGAUGGUUACUUCAAUAAACUGAGAGGGGUAUCCACAGAUGUUGACCCUUUUGGACUUUAUGUUUUGUCUCUGAGUGGAGAUAUGGAGGAUAUACCAAAUGCCCUCAAUCCAUUAAGGAAGAAGAAAGUUGUUGGUUCAGGGUCCUGCUCUGCACUCAUCAAGCUGUUGCCAGGCAACAAAGAUCUGUAUGUUUCACAUGACACCUGGGAUACAUACCAGAGUAUGCUGAGAAUGUUGAAGAAGUAUGAUUUUGCUUUCAAACCACAGGGAGUACCUGUAGCUGGCAAAGUGAUCACAAUGUCCUCGUAUCCAGGGGUGUUACUGUCAGGUGAUGACUACUACCUGAUCUCAUCAGGACUGGCCACACAAGAAACAACAAUAGGAAACAGUAACCCCGCCCUGUAUAAGUAUGUGACUAAGGAGAGUGUGCUGGAGGGUAUCCGAACUAUGGUAGCCAACAGAAUGGCUAAAUCAGGGCUCGAUUGGGUUCAGACAUUCUCUCAGUACAACAGUGGAACGUACAACAAUCAGUGGAUGGUGGUGGAUUAUCGUCAGUUCUCACCGGGGUUUGCACCUUAUAAAGGACUUCUGCAUAUACUGGAACAGAUUCCGGGUUCAGUGAAAUAUGAGGACAAAACUGAUGUGUUGAAUCAACAGACAUAUUGGCCAAGUUACAAUAUUGCUUACUUCCCAGAAAUUUUCAACAAAAGUGGUUGCUGGGACAACGUCAGGAAGUAUGGUGACUGGUUUACAUAUGAUAAAUCUCCCAGAGCCCAGAUAUUUAAGAGGGACCAUUCUAAAGUGAAGGAUUUACAAUCCAUGCAGAGAUUAAUGAGAUACAAUGAUUUCAAGCAUGAUCCUCUAGCUAAAUGUAACUGCACUCCACCUUAUAGCGGUGAAAAUGGUAUCUCAGCAAGGUGUGACCUCAACCCAGCUAGCGGAACAUACCCCUUUGGAGCUUUAGGUCAUAGGUCUCAUGGAGGCACAGAUAUGAAGUUGACAAACUAUGCCAUGUUCAACAACCUGGAGUUUAUAGCUAUAAGUGGACCAACAUAUGACCAGUUACCUCCCUUCCAGUGGAGUAAAGCAGACUUCGCCAAGGACUGUCCCCACUACGGUCAUCCAGAUAUCUAUAAGUUUGAUCCUGUCCACUUCAAUGGAACAUUAACUGAAGAACGCAGAGUCGGUGUACACAUAUCUGUACAAUAAGAUAAUUAUAUAAACAAUCAAGUCUGCCAGUGUGGAAAAUACUUAAUAUUUGAAAGAAUGUCAACUGUUGAUUUCUCUCUUAAACUCUGUGAUAAUUUUUUUUAUUUUUAAAACAUUACAAAACCUAUUAGUGCACUAAUAGUAAUACAUAGCUUUAAGUUAAGGUACUUAUUCAAUUUUACUUUGAUAAUAUAAUCAAAAUAAAGUGUAGUACAAUGUAUUUACUAUUAAAAGUAAAAAUGUUUUUCUUGCAUUCCUGGUAUGAAAGUUUUUAUAGAAUGGUCAAAAUUUUGUGCAAUGAUUAUGUUUGAUGUUUAUUCAUUCAGUUUUGUAUGUGAUAGAUAGAUCAUUCUGUAUAAGUGAUUCAUUUUCUUGUUCUGUUUAGUUAAACACGUUCAGACAUUAUGUAGCAUGAACUUGGUUUUAGAUAUUUUUCUGUGGUAACACACUUAAAAAAGAACAGACAAAUAUGAAUAGCACUACAUUAUAUAGUUACACAACAUUCCCUAUUUUGAAUUCUUACCUCAGUACUUUGUAACUCCACAAAUUUUGUGUUGAUUUUAUGACAUGAGAUUAAUGUAUUUAUGACAAUUGUCACAUCAGUCAUUGUUCCAGUAGGUGUAAACUGUAGUGUAAAGAAAUAUUGCGUUUUGCAUAAUUAUAUUAUUUCAACAUUCAGUCUUUGUUUUAACCUUUCUCACAUUUGAUGGAAAACUUACAUUUCUAAUGUGUGAUUUGUAAUAUUUCCUAGGAACAGUAACAGGUAUUCUUUAUUUCUUAAAUAAUGAAGGUGUUUGUUUGUAUAUCACAUUUCAUACAUUAAAAACAGAAGGCACUGAAAGCUGCAAAGGGAUUAUCAAAACAAUCAGCACUAUUUCCUUUAUACAUAUAAGUGGUAAAACUACUUAAGUUAUAUUGUCUUUCAUCUUGUUUUUGAAACUAAGUGUGCAAUACAGAUAUUUGACCUUGUAUACAAUGUCAGGAGCAACUACGUACAAACAUUUCCUGAAGUACCAGGAUUUUAAUACAUUGUACAGUCAUGUACAAAAAGUGUAUUUGUACCUUAUACAGUGAAACCUGAGCCAAAUACCACCUCUGUACAGAGACCCCCUGGCUCUAAAGACUGCUGCUUUUCUUUCCUAUUUUAACAUUUACAGUGUAUUUCCACCUGCCAACAAAGACCUUUUUCUACUUUCCCAAUGGUGGUCUUUAUAGAAAGGUUUGACUGUAUACAAACACUUUUUUUUAAGUGGCUUUAUUAAUCAAUACAAUUUUAUAAACUUUCUUGGUUAACAUAAAAGCAGCAUUUGUAAAAUUUCUGAAAAUACCGGUAUAUAUUUUUCUAAAUUGUGAUUUUGCAUGAUUUCUACAAUGGAAAAAUACCUUUUCUGCAGUAAAAUUGACUUUAUUUACGAUUUUAAAAAAAUUCAGAAGAUCCUACUACCACCCUUACAGACCUUUAGUAUGAAGCAUUGUUUGUUUCUGGAUCUUGCAAAAUAAAGCCACUCGUCACAAUAUCCCUGUUACAGAUUAGGGGGAUCAGACAGUAGUAUGUUAUAAAGGUAAAGUCUUUAGUAGUAUAUGUCAGUAUGUCACACAGAAGUUGAAGAAAUGAAGUUUACGCUUGGGGUCUAGGAUGACGCGACUUAAUAGGGAGGUUGAUCAUGACCAGCAGAUGACUUGUAUUGAUUUUGAGAUCAGUAGGUCAAAGGUCAAGGUCACAGUGACCCGAAACAGGUAAACCGUUUCUGGGCGAUAACUUCAAAAAUAAAACAGAUUACUGAAUGCAUCAAAGAGGGCAUUUUGUAUUCUAUGGGCUCUUGUUUCAACUUGUUUGAUAAAUUCCAUCUGAAAAGACACUCCAGUAAAAUACUCUAUAUCACUGCUUCCAGCCACAAAUAUGUAGUAUAUACUGCAAACUGACAGUGUAAAGUUGAACUGGCUUUCUCUUAAUAGGUACAAUAAUUGUAUGUAUUUGUGAUGUCAUUUAUUUUAUAGUUUUAUGCUGGACAUUGAUAAUGUCUUGUGUGUACAUCUUCCUGUUAGUCACAACUUUUUUUAGUGUUGGCUGAAAUUCAGCAGAACUUAGUAGGUAGAUUAAGAACAAUACCAAAAUAUGUGUCAUUUAUUGGUAUCCUGUUAAAUUAAUAUUGACUUCAUUUAUGUAGAUAAGGUCAAAGCAGGUUAGCUGUCAACCAAACUAAUACCUGUGACCUGUAAGGAACAUAGUCCGCCAUAUCUUUGUAUGGUAGCAGUUCACUGAACUGAAGGAAUUUUGAUCUUUUGUAUAAUGAUCUUCUCAACCUUGCGUUACAGACAAGCUUCAUGGAAAUGGCCAUUCUAGCAUAAAACUGCUGUUAUUGUCACUUUUCAGGGGUGUUUUAACAGGAGAGAAAACGUGUGUUAACAGAGAGAUUCUUGCGCUCACUUGCUGUUAUAACACCUUUUCAUAUUUGUGCAUUCCGUGGCAAAGCGUAAACGUAUUACGACCCUAAAACAGAUAAUUCAAAAGAAAAUGACGUCAGUGUGAAAGAACAGUGUAGACUUUACCGUGCUUUUCAUAGAAAUAUAAUGACAUUGAGGGACAAUAUAUUCAUUUACCUGGUUUUAAUGCUAGAAUAGCGUUAGCGCAUGUUCUUUGCGUGUUAUAACAUCUUCAGAAACUCUCGAGAUUCUGCAGAUGUUAUAACACGAAAAAACUUGCAUUAUCCCUACAUUAUCAAAUCAAAUUGUGUAUUUCAUUAAUUUACUGGUCAGUGACAUUGGACUUUUUAAAAUAUUUUUCCCAGACUUAGUCUCAACCAGUUUCUAGGUUUUUACUCUGUUUAGUACAUUUGAUUAUAGCGUUCAUGAGAUAUAUGUUUUGCUCAAAGCAAUCUGUAUCUGUAAUUUUUCAUUUUCAACUCGCAUGAACCUUGUUCAGCUAUAAGUAUAGGUGGAUGGUCUGAUGUCCUUCGUGGAUCUUCACCAAAUUUGAACUGUAGCAUCAUUGUACAAACUUAUCUCAAGUUUGUUCUAAUGGUUCCGCUGGAACCAUUUCUGGAACUGCCAAAGUUGGAGAAAGAAGCCCCUUUGAAAUGACUUUUUCUCUGAACCACUAGAUAGAUCUUCAUUUAACUUGGUUUGUACCCUCCUUGUAUGGACUCCUGUCCAGUUUGUUCCAAUGGUCCUGCUUGAACCCUGUCCUGGGUUGCUACUGCUAAAUAUAGAAAAAAACCAUUUAAACUUUUUCUCAUUAACCUUUAGAUGGAUCUUCACCAAACUUAGUCUGUAACAUACUUGUGUUAACCUGUCCCAAGUUUGUUCAAAUAAUUCUGCUUUGCACUCUUGAGGGCCUGCCAGAGGACCAUUAUCAAGCUUGGUCAGGGUCAGUUGAGCCACUUAAGGGUGAUCAUGGCCCCCUUGUCUUAAUUGUUGUUUUAUUUUGAAUCCUUUGUAAUUGUUUGAAAAUAUAUUUUUGUAUGAAAUUACAAUUGAAAAUUUAUAUUUAUAAAAGAUGCUUUCUAUAUCCAAAGAGUUAAUAAAUCAAUUAUUAACUACA